UGCUAUGGUUGCCUGUACGAAAGCGGUGCCAAACUUGCCUGCUCUGUGAACGCGGCACACCGUUUCUUACCUACCUACCGGUUUACCCAGGGAGGGAGGAAGAGCAGGAGGAGGAGAAGAGGGGAGCUAAUGCCACUCUGCACUCGUGAGAGCCACGGUUAGCAUAUUUGAGAGUCGGCAGAAAACUUUGAAAAGAGUAUCACCGCAGCGGGGACAUAUACAGCUGCGCGGCUCAACUUCCACCAGCAGCUGCAGCAGCUCGAGAGGACCGGGAGGAGGAGUCAACAGGUCCCAGAGCUUAGGAGCUGCAAUCGAUUCAAGGGGAGAUUUCCUCCACCAAGGACAGGCAGAUUGACGUUUUUGGGCAGAAGAAGGCCUCAUCCGAGCAAUCGAUGCAGGCAGCCCACCAGCCGGAAGCCCAGUUGGCCGGAGAGCGCGCCACUCAAUCAGUCUGAACAGCAUCACACACAAAGAGCUGCUGGCGACCGACAAAGAGGCUGUUUGACUGCAAAGACAAGGAGGAGAGCUUCGCUGUGGCAUCAUGUGAGCUGCUUUUUCCCCCUCUGAGUGAAUCUACGCUCCCUUGGAAGUGUUGCAACCACUAGCACCCCCAUCACCACUAUCCUCGCUGCUGACCGCAGUCAUCAAAGUCACCUGUUCCUGACUCAACUUGCCUUCUGUCUCUUUUGCCCACUUUAUCUUGGAGAUAAGGAAUGACCAUGCAAGUUUCCAGUCUGUGAAACACCUUGCGCAAAUAAGGCCUCACAAUACUGGAGAAAGGAAGGAUUUUACACCUUUUUCUGUCUUUUUUCUGCGGUCAGCUCAACCCUAAACUGACUUAUUUUGUAUGCCAGUUGGAUUUGUUCUUGGUCACAUCUGCAGCAGCCCCAACUCUUAAAUUUCCCACUCAUAAGGAGUUUACAAACCUCACUUUUGGAAUAUCUACUCAUACAGUGCCCCUAUGGGGGAUUAAACCAGCACAGGAAUUCCCAUUGACUCGGUUUUGGCUCCAUCAAAUCCUAUUAAGGUUGGUUUUCUGUGACGUUGUCUUGUGACUGGAGGUGGACUACACCAUCAUGGCUGGGAAGGGCAACCCUGUGCCGGGCCCCCACCUAAACGGCUUCCCCAUGCCCACCUACUCCUACUUCUUUCCACACAUGUUGGGCAGCCUGUCGCCUCCAGCCCUGCCAGGAUUACCCAUCAGCGGCUACAGCACCCCCUCACCUGCCACGAUAGAGACCCAGAGUACCAGCUCAGAAGAGAUAGUGCCAAGCCCGCCCUCGCCUCCCCCGCCGCCCCGCGUCUACAAGCCCUGCUUUGUGUGCCAGGACAAGUCCUCAGGGUACCACUAUGGUGUCAGCGCCUGUGAGGGCUGCAAGGGCUUCUUUCGGAGAAGCAUCCAGAAGAACAUGGUGUAUACUUGCCACCGGGAGAAGAACUGCAUCAUCAACAAAGUCACCCGCAAUCGCUGCCAGUACUGUCGGCUGCAGAAGUGCCUGGAAGUGGGAAUGUCCAAGGAGUCGGUGAGGAACGACCGGAACAAGAAGAAAAAGGAUGAGAAGAAGCAGGAGAGCACGGAGAGCUACGUGCUGAGUCCCGACACGGAGCAGAUGAUCGACAGGGUUCGCAAGGCACACCAGGAAACUUUCCCGUCACUCUGCCAGCUGGGAAAAUACACUACGACUAACAGCUCAGAACGACGUGUAUCUCUGGAUGUAGACCUGUGGGACAAGUUCAGUGAACUCUCCACCAAGUGUAUCAUAAAGACGGUGGAGUUUGCUAAGCAGCUGCCAGGCUUCACAACGCUCACCAUCGCUGACCAGAUCACCCUGCUCAAAGCCGCCUGUCUGGACAUCCUGAUACUCCGGAUUUGUACGCGCUACACACCAGAGCAGGACACAAUGACUUUCUCAGAUGGACUCACGCUAAACCGAACCCAGAUGCACAAUGCCGGCUUCGGCCCCCUCACAGACCUGGUUUUUGCCUUUGCUAACCAGCUUCUUCCUCUGGAGAUGGAUGAUGCAGAGACAGGGCUGCUCAGCGCAAUCUGUUUGCUGUGUGGAGAUCGUCAGGACUUGGAGCAGGCAGAGAAGGUGGACGUCCUGCAGGAGCCUCUUCUGGAGGCACUGAAGAUUUAUGUACGGAGGAGGAGGCCUCACAAACCGCACAUGUUCCCCAAGAUGCUCAUGAAGAUCACCGAUCUGAGAAGCAUCAGCGCUAAAGGAGCGGAGCGUGUCAUCACCCUGAAGAUGGAGAUCCCUGGCUCCAUGCCCCCACUCAUCCAGGAGAUGCUGGAGAACUCAGAAGGUCUGGAAAGUGGGGCAGCAGGUGGCCGGCCCAGCGGUGCCCCCCCUGGCAGCUGCAGCCCCAGCCUGUCCCCGAGCUCUGCCCAAAGUAGUCCAGCCACACAAUCGCCGUAGUCACGGCCCCUCUUUUAAUUUCUCCAUACGAUGCUCUCUGCCUCCUUCCUCAAUGUUUCUACAGAGAAUAAUGGAGGUCGAAGGAGGAGGUACUUGAACCUCAACCCGUGACCUCCUCCUCCUCUCUUACAACACAAACCACACCUUCUGAUCUGCUUCUCCUCACUCUGGAGCCCCAUCUAGAUGUGAGGGGAGGCGAGGCUGGAGCAGAAUGGGAUGGGGGGGAUUAGGAUGCCUCCAAGAGACCACACCGGAAACACUGCUGAUGACUCCUCCUCCUCUUCCUCCUUCCCUCCACUGCUCCUCCCUUCUUUUCCAAAAGACUCAUGGAAACAAAUCUGGAUGCAACAGAGACCAGAGAGAGCAGCUGGAGCACCGUUGGGUGGAUGUAUGAACACGGACAUACUGAGUGACUAAACAAACACCAGACACUUUGUUUUUUUUUUCUUGUUGAGGCAGACUGCAAGUUCGGGACUCGUCUGAAGACCCCUCCUCCUCAAAGACUCUGGGUCUUUUCCUCUUUUUCCAACUUCAAGACAAACAGAUUUCGUACAAAAGAUAUAUAAAUAUAUAUAGAAAAAGUUAAGGAACUAUUGUGAUUGACUUGUCCCGGAGCGGAGUGACAGGUCGGCACGAAGACGUGUUUUUCUGAGAUUAGAACUUGUCGUACUCCUUCACUGUUUCAAUCUUUUCAUACACAUUGAGAGUAUUGAGAGACGUUUCAGUUUUAUCACAUUUGUACAUUAUUCUAAUUAACAAGAGAGCUAAAGAUGUUUCUCUCCACAUGCAAACAGACAAACACAAACGUGCACAGAAAACAAGUCGCAAUGAAUAUCACCGACUAUUCCAGGUUGGAUUUGUUUUCCUUUUCCUUUUUUUGUUUCCAAGAGAAUGGAAAAAAAUGAUUGUAUGAACUUGGUUGUAUGAUAUGGUCACAGGUCCUUUCAAGAAAUCAAAUUAAUGAAGAUUCAUUAUUAAGGUGUAUUUUAAGUAGCCUUUGAGUUUGUGUAUAUAAGCUGUAUUCAUUUCUUUAAAACUAUGAAGAGUUUUAGGCUUCACCUGAUCUUUUUUUUAAGAAUACCUUUUAUGUGUUUUGUUUAUAGGUUUGUGAUGCAAGCAAAGACAUUUUUGAGCACAUUUUACUGAAGGAAGGUCUUUCAUUGUUUUGUGUCCUGCUAAAUACUGGACAGACCCUUAACCAAUCACUGGCUGUUCAGGAUGUGGCUUUCACAAACGAUUUCAACUGCUCCCUUUUAGGUAACAAAGUAGCACUCCAGUCGGGGCAUAGCUUUUUUUGGCCAUGUAGCAGAAAGAGAUGGUUGUUCAAGUGAGCAAAAACGGCUUCAAUGAAUUAAAAUGUGAAGAAUGGUGUACAUACAAACGCACUGUAUUAAACACAAAAAGGUUCUCUGGAAUCUCUGAAUGGAUCCGUAAUCUGUACUGGAUGAGAAAGGACUAGAAUGUAGUGAUCCCUCUGCUCCGUCAGGCAAAAUAAAAGGUCCCAAAUGUGAUGUUCGUCAACCAAGCCCUCACAAAUAUCCCCUGGAAACCUGUGGUAGAAACGAAUAUGUGACUUUUCAAAUCCAGAGCAAACCUCACACCCUGUGACUCACUUUUUACGCCAAAACGCCUUCACCGCUAACACACGUUGUCUGAAACCAUCGUUACUGUACACACGCCAAUGUCUCAGGAAGGAAUCAUUUUGUGUGCUUGGCCUGUUCUUUGUAUUUGUUCUGUGCUGCACCUCCUUACCCCUCCUGUCACGGAUGCACACUCACAAACACUUCUGCUACUGAGCCCCUGAAUUUUGUCUUCAGUCACUUCAUUUUUUUGUUAAAAACCUGGCAGACCAGGACUUGUGCAAAGAGAGAUCCCGACCCUGACCCUGCCCUCCCCACCCUGCAGACGUUACGACAUAGGAUGCCAGUGUGGAGUCUCUCUGAGUCGUUCAUGUGUUCAUUUUUUUUUUUUUAUUUGUACGGUCAAAGCUGCUUUUCAUCAUUUUACAGUAGGACUUCACCUUGUCCAGAACAGCGCACAACGUUUUCCCUCCACAGCUAAUCUGGAAUAGCAACAGACACAGCGUCAGUUUGAGAAGUAUGGAAUAUGUUGCAAUUUUUGUCAAGAUUAUCAAGCGACUUUGGAAAAAAAAGAAAACAACAAAAAAAGAUCAAAAAUAAA